AUGGAACCUGGGCCUGUGACUGUUAUAAACCUCUUUGAUUCAAUGUGGUUCUACUCCCAAAUCCUCAAGAAACAAUCAAAUUCCUCAAGUUCACCAAACCCUGAUCGGCAUAAUCAAGAAAAUUCAAGAAAACCCAAGAUUUCAAGCCAAUUAACAAUCCAUACUAGAUCCAAAAGUGACCGGCCACGAACAUGUCUACGCCGCCGUCGAGAAGCCGCUGAUCUGGGCACAAACUACCGCCGUGUUCGAGAUUCUACACGACCUCCCCCAUUUCUCCCAAAAUCUCGAUUCAUCACCAUCCCAUAA